ACAGAUGUCAACCAAACCGAAUAGUGUUUUGUCGGAGAAAACGCAGAAACUUUAGUGGGUUGGAUUGAUUGUUACGUAAAAAUAAUUUGCAAUGUUCCAAGUAAUUAGAUAUAGUGCUAGUCUAGCUAAGGGAUCAUUGACAAGGUCUGUCCCAGCCUUCUCAACAUGCGUCCCUCGCUGGAGUACCGAUCCAUCCAGUGUGAAUGAAGCUCCGAAGAUUGACAACGAUGCAAUUCUGGCGCUGCCCCAGGAAGCACGAGAAAAGACUGCGUUGGAGUCAACCAUAAUGGUCCCUGAAAAGGUGGACCUUAGUCCAGUCAACGGAGUUCCUGAGGAGCACAUCAAAACCCGCCGCGUCCGCAUAUACCAGCCCCCCAAGAAUGCCAUGCAGAGCGGCACCAAUAACAUCCACCACUGGCAGAUGGAGUUUGACAACCGCCAGCGCUGGGAGAACCCUCUCAUGGGCUGGACCUCCACCGGAGACCCACUCUCCAACAUGAAAGUCCAGUUCAAAACCCCCAAGGAAGCCAUUGAGCAUUGCGAGAAAAAUGGAUGGGCUUGGUUCUUGGAUGUCCCGAAAACCGAUAAGGGAUAUAAAGUCAAGAAUUAUGGAAGCAAUUUCGCAUGGAACCGGCGCACUAGAGUCUCCACCAAGUAAACAAUGUUAGUACAAUU